AUGAGUGUUCUUCAGCCUGAAUCGGAUGAGAUGCCCCCCUCCACCAUCACCCUGACCCCUGUCACCACCCCCACCCCGACCCCCGUCAAAGAAGAGCUGGAGUGUAAAAUCUGCUACCAGAGCUACAAUGCCCGCAGCCGCAGGCCCAAGAUCCUGGACUGCCUCCACCGGGUGUGCGCCCGCUGCCUCAACAAGAUCCUGGACCUGGGGGACGUCUUGGGCUGCAUUUCCUGCCCCUUCUGCCGACAUGAAACAGAGGUCAGCGAAUACGAGGUGUCGGGCCUCCCUGACGACUCCAAAAUCAUGUCCUGCCUGGCCGUCAGGGAUAAGUCCUGGAGCUCCGACCACAGCAAAGAGGUGGUCCUCACCCCCAAGAGCCUGUCCUCCACCUCCUCCUCCACCUCGCACGACUCCUCCAACUGCCUGGUGAUCACUAUCAUGGAGGUCCAGAGGGACACUGGGUCCGGGGGGCGUGGCUUGGGCAUCUCAGACCACUACACAGAGCACAGCCUGGACUCCAUCUCUGUGGGCUCCAACGGGCCGGAGGUUCAGGACGCCCUGUCCAGGCUCUGUACCCACGUCCCCCGGAUCCUGGUGUGGCUCCUGGGUUUGUUCUACUUCGGGUCCCUGCCCCUGGGAAUCUACCUGCUGGUGAUCCAGAGGGUGACGCUGGGUAUAGUCUGUGUGAGCCUGGUCCCCUCCAGUCUGACUGUGUGUCUGGUCUAUGGGUUCUGCCAGUGUCUCUGCCAGGGAAUGUGUGACUGCUCGUCUAGGGGCUGA